UGAAAAACGUUAGCUAACACAACCCUUCCUCAAACGCAGCCCAUUCCCAAGGCUCACUUCCAGAAGAAGGCAUCUGGUGUUCGGGUGGAGUUGCUUCAUUCAUCCAAAAUCCCAACAAACAUUCAUGCAUGGAUCCCUCACCAUCCUCGGAUUCUCCGCAAUGAGAAAAUCCGCGGCCAUUAUCAAACCAGGUGAGUACCUUCUUAUUCUUCUCAAACCCUACUCCUCAAUCGCUUCUCUCCCUCAAAUACUAUCCCUCGAUUCCGAACCAGUGGAUCUCUCUGCCCAACUCCUCUCUAUUCUCUCUCGCCCAAAUUGGCAGAAACACCCUUCUCUCAGAAAGCUUCUGCCUUCUCUAACCCCAUCUCAUGUCUCCUCUCUCUUCGCCUUCAAUCUCGAUCCCCAAACGGCCCUGAGCUUCUUCAAUUGGAUCGCCCUGCGACCUGGAUUCAAACACAAUGUUCAUUCCUAUUCCUCCAUGUUAAACAUUCUUAUUCGAGCUCGAUUGCUCGGUGUGGCUGAAAAGAUUCGGAUUUCAAUGAUCAAAUCCUGCUGUUCUAUUGAGGAUGUACUAUUUGUAUUGGAAGUCUUUCGGAAAAUGAAUGCUGAUGGUGAAUUCAAAUUUAAACCAACUCUUAGAUGUUAUAAUACCAUUUUGAUGUCUUUGUCAAAGUUUCUUUUGAUUGAUGAAAUGAAGACUGUUUAUUUGGAGUUAUUGAAUAACCAGAUUUCGCCUAAUAUAUAUACGUUUAACGCAAUGGUUAAUGGGUAUUGCAAGAUUGGAAAUGUGGUUGAGGCAGAAUUAUACGCAAGUAAGAUAGUGCAAGCGGGUUUACACCCCGACACAUUUACAUAUACUUCUUUGAUAUUGGGGCACUGUAGGAAUAAAGGUGUAGAUAAUGCUUAUGAGGUGUUUUUGAUUAUGCCGCAAAAGGGUUGUCAAAGGAAUGAGGUUUCCUAUACUAAUCUUAUUCAUGGGCUUUGUGAAGCUGGAAGGAUUAAUGAAGCUCUUAAGUUGUUUGCUGAUAUGACUGAGGAUAAUUGUUGUCCAACUGUGCGGACAUAUACAGUUCUAAUAUACGCAUUGAGUGGAUCAGGUAGGAAAGUAGAGGCAUUAAAUUUGUUUAAUGAGAUGAAGGAGAAAGGCUGUGAACCAAAUGUUCACACUUACACUGUCCUCAUUGAUGGUCUAUGUAAAGAAAAUAAGAUGGAUGAAGCAAGAAAAAUGCUAAGUGAGAUGUCAGAGAAAGGAUUGAUUCCCAGUGUGGUAACAUACAAUGCUUUGAUUGAUGGGUAUUGCAAGGAGGGAAUGAUUGAUGAUGCCUUUGAAAUUUUGGAUUUGAUGGAAUCAAAUAGCUGUGGUCCAAACACUCGCACAUACAAUGAGUUGAUAUGUGGGCUUUGUAAGAAAAGAAAGGUGCACAAGGCAAUGGCGCUACUCAAUAAGAUGCUUGAGCGCAAGCUGUCACCAAGCCUGAUCACGUAUAACUCUUUGAUUCAUGGGCAAUGUAAAGUCAAUGAUUUAGAGAGUGCUUAUAGGUUACUUAGUUUGAUGAAUGAAAAUGGUUUGGUUCCUGACCAAUGGACUUAUUCUGUCUUCAUAGAUACCCUAUGUAAAGAAGGGAGGGUUGAAGAAGCUGGUACCCUAUUUGAUUCUGUCAAGGCGAAAGGCGUAAAAGCAAAUGAAGUGAUAUAUACUGCUCUAAUCGAUGGCUAUUGCAAAGUGGGGAAAAUCGAUGUUGCCUAUUCUUUGCUUGAGAGAAUGCUGAAUGAUGCAUGCUUACCUAACUCGUACACUUACAACGUGUUGAUAGAAGGGCUGUGCAAGGAGAAGAAGAUGAAAGAAGCGUCAUCAUUAGUGGCAAAGAUGUUAACAAUGGGUGUGAAGCCCACAGUUGUUACUUAUACAAUUCUCAUUGGAGAAAUGUUGAAAGAUGGUGCUUUUGACCAUGCUCUUAAAGUUUUCAACCACAUGGUCUCCUUGGGUUAUCAGCCUGAUGUUUGUACAUACACAGCAUUUCUUCAUGCAUAUUUCAGUCAAGGGAUGCUAGAAGAAGUGGAUGAUGUGAUUGCCAAAAUGAAUGAAGAGGGCAUUCUGCCAGAUCUGGUGACUUACACUGUAUUAAUUGAUGGGUAUGCUCGUUUGGGUUUGACACAUCGUGCUUUUGAUUUUCUCAAAUGCAUGGUCGAUACUGGAUGCAAGCCCUCCCUUUAUAUUGUUUCCAUUUUAAUCAAGAAUCUUUCACAUGAAAAUCGGAUGAAAGAAACAAGAUCUGAAAUAGGUAUUGAUUCUGUUUCAAAUGUCAAUUCUGUUGAUAUUGCUGAUGUAUGGAAGACAUUGGAAUAUGAAAUUGCUCUAAAGCUCUUUGAGAAAAUGGUUGAGCAUGGUUGCACAAUAGAUGUCAGUAUAUAUGGAGCACUAAUUGCAGGAUUUUGCCAACAGGAGCGAUUGGAAGAAGCUCAGGGGUUAGUUCAUCACAUGAAAGAAAGAGGAAUGUCCCCCAGUGAAGAUAUUUAUAACUCUCUUCUUGACUGUUGCUGCAAGUUGGGGGUGUAUGCUGAGGCAGUGAGGCUGGUGGAUGCUAUGGUAGAAAAUGGUCUUUUACCACUUUUAGAGUCCUAUAAGUUGCUUGUUUGUGGUUUGUACAUAGAAGGCAGCAAUGAAAAAGCCAAAGCAGUUUUCCAUGGUCUGCUUUCUUGUGGGUAUAACUAUGAUGAAGUAGCUUGGAAGGUUCUUAUUGAUGGCUUGCUUAAGAGGGACCUUGUUGACGAAUGCUCUGAACUGAUAGACAUUAUGGAGGAAAAGGGUUGCCAGCCUAAUCCUCUAACAUAUUCAUUGUUGAUUGAGGGACUUGAAAGGACAUAGAAUGAUUGGACAUAAUAUUUGCUCUGGAUAUUUUUUUUUCCUCAUGAAUGAGUUCUCAGCCGGUACUCUUCAUGUCUGAUGCAGACUCUUGCUAUAUGGGUACCACACCAGAAUCUUUUGGCAUACAAUUCUGGAAUAAAAUUUGUGCUUCAUUGAAGAAUGGAAGUGACCAUGCAGAGCAAUGAUUUGAAAAGAGUGCUUCAAUGCCUUCUUACAAUGAGCAACAGCAGAGAUAUAGGGCAAGAAAAUACAGUACUGAAUUUGAUGACGUUCUCAGUUUAACUGCUAAGAAGGAAAAUAUUCUGGAUGGUGUCCAAGGAAUAGUGAAAUUUGCAGAGGAGUUUUUGGAUCUUAUUGACUGCAGAUGCUACUGCACAAGCAGACAUUGCUUGUGCAGCUCUUAUGAGGUUAGCUGCUGCAAAUUCAACGAAGGGAGCAUUAGAGGAUCAUGAGUUAAGAGGACUAUCUGUCAAUCAUGGAGAGUUGACACAACUGAGUGGUCUAGUAAAUAACUUGAUCUCAGUUGGCCUGGGAUGUGUAGCGACAUUUGCAGCUGUAGUUUUGGAAGACAAUGUGCUUAUGGAGAAGGCAUGGCAGGAUAUUGGCAUACUCCGUGCCCAUGCACAUGUAUGAGCAACACUGAAAAACUUGGUUCAGGCUUGGAACAAAAUUCUGCAGAAGGGGAUUGAGCAUACUCCCUCGGAUAAAAUAGAUGCUGCAGCUGCAUUCCUGGAUUCCUUAAAGGAACCUGAACUUCCAAGUUUGGCAGAAUCUGAGAAGAAACCACCAAUUGAAACUCUUCCUCCUGGAAGGGUGUCUCUAUCUGCUCCCAUUUCUGUUCAGAGGAAACAUGUUCCUGCCACACAGCAACAACCUGGCAAGCUGUUGCUAUCGGAAGAACGUCAGUUAGUGCUACACCACCACCAGAAUCGAGUGAAGCCACUGCAGAUGAGAACAAUCCAAGUUCAUCAGUUAUCAGUCCUGGCCCUGAUCCAGUUGCUCUAUCAUCCAAAAGUCGUCCAGUUUUACCUGAGGGCAUCCCAAGGAACCUGAUGUUCUGGAGAUGAGUGUUCCUGUUACUGCAUUGCCAACGACUGACCCACUUGCUUGACUUUCGAGUCCUAGCGAGUUAUUGGGACUAUAGUUUGUUGAAUAUGUUCUACAGCGUUUCUUCCAUCUUCAUUGAAUUUUAAUUUUACUGAUACCAUUGGCUUGUUUUAAUUACCAUCAACGACAGAUUUUUUGCCAUACCACAGCAGAGGAACCUGAUUUUCUCGGCAAACUCAGUCAUCUCCAUAUUUUGUAUAUUCUUUUGCUACAGUGUAAUGUUAGCCACCUCUCAGCUUUCUUCUUUUAA